CAAUUACACACACACACAUAGAGAACAGAGGGAGAAAGAGUGGGGGGCGAUCCUCGUUUACCAGCUUUGUGGUUUUCUUCUUCUGUCAGGCAUUUUUAAUUGCACCUGCUACUUCGGCCCUGUGGAGCAGAUGACACUUGUCUUCAACUAAUUUCAUCCACACCUGAUCACCAAACCGCCUUGUGAGCAGAUCCAGAGUCCUGCAGAGGAGGUGCACUGUCAGUCGUGUUCAUCCGGUCACUUUUCUGACACGCUCGACCCUGAACUCUGCCGUCCACACACGUCCUGUGAGGCCCUCGGCAGGAAGGUGGCGGUCUCCGGCACGGCGAGCUCAGACUCUGCGUGUGGCGACUGUCUGCCUGGGUUUCAUUUCUUGGUUAAAAGACAAAUUUCCACCCAAAGAUCCUGCAUAAAAGCAGAUUCUCAAGUCCGAGCCAUCCGCACGGUGGCUGAAGGCCCGUCCAACAGCACGGUGGUGCGCAGCGCCGAGGAGAAGACCGCCGAGUACGCCGUGUUCGCGCUGGUGCCUGUCUUCUGCAUAAUGGGCCUGAUAGGCAUUCUCAUCUGCAACAUCCUGAAGAAGAAGGGCUACAACUGCACCGCCGAGAAGGAGGGCGCACACGAAGAGAGCGCCACGCCUCAGAAGGAAGGAACUAAUUGUCCCUACAUUUCUGAUGAUCUGAAUGAAGACACCAUCAGUGUUCUGGUUCGCAUCAUAACUGAGAAGAAAGAGAAUGCUGCGGCGCUGGAGGAGCUGCUGCUCGAGUACGAGAACAAACAGAGCAGCAAAGGAUCAUCCAUCAAGUUUCCCAUGCUGUCUCCGCUCUCCACCUUCCGCUCCCUCCCCAGGCUCUGCCCCCACCACUCCCACCUCCACACUAUCUCCGGCCUCUCCGGUUUGGCCCCCAGACACGGGUACCGCUGCUCGCGUUGCUCGCAGAGAAAGUGGCCCCCCGUUCUCAUUCCCSCCUUGGACUCUCUCAAGGACCCGCUGAAGCCACCGCAGAGCCUGAUCCUGCCCUCCCUGGGCGGCCCCGCUGACCAGCUGAAGAACCCCCUCCUGGGGGGAGUCUGUGCGGACAAGCAGCGAACAAAAAACGCCGUGCCAAAACCUGUAGCGGACGGAGUGGACGGGCUCGAAGGGAAAGAUGAGGAGACGACAGUCGUGUCUGUGGGGAGGUUUCAAGUGGCUCACAUACCUGAAAACAAACCGGGUGCUCUGGAAACCAAGAGCUCAAACCAGGACAAGAGGAACUCCCUGUUUGCCGGGAAAGCCUUCACCUCCUCUUCUUCGUCAUCUGUUUAUAGGAGAUGAAGAGAAAGUAAGAUGCUACAUGAUGAUGAUGCUACCUCGUGGAAGAAGACCUUGUCUCCUGAUGACAGCCGUAACGCAGGGAUGGACUGAAAACCCAACCUCCUCCUGCUGGAAGAAGUUUUUUCUGUUUAUGCGAUGACAAGAAGAUAAGUGUUAUUGUAUAAAAGCUGCGUUGCUGUCCUGAUCCAAACUGAAAUGGCUUUUGGGGAAAAAAAGAAAAGAAAAAAAAAGCCUACGGAUCCAAACAGGACAGAACUGUUUUAAAGCUUUGUGUCGAGCAUUUAUCAGUUGCACUGAAAUAUGAAAUCACCAAGCAGAAUCCAUCAGUAGUCCUGCCACUAAAAGGCAAAUUGGACUGAAAAAAAUAUAUUUAAAGCAAGAUAACUUACAGAGGGAGAGAAAUAAAUCAAGUUUUCAACAAGAAAGUGCCUCGUGAAUGUGGCACUUUUAUUAUGAACAUGUUUGUGCACUCGAAACUAAGCUGCUCACCAAAUCUGACCUGUUCUUCUCUUUUCUCAGAUUAAAAACUUCAGGUUAUAGGUGAGCUUUAGGAUGUUAAAGAUGCUGAUUUUCAGUCUUAACAGAAACUCUCUGCAUUAAGACUGAAACUUGAGUCAAAUUUCUCAGCCUGAAAUCCCCCAAAAAGGGACGUAGUUUCGUGUUAAGAUCUGCUGUCAGCAUGUAAAAAACCACACAUGUGCCAAGUGUGACAAGCUGGUUCUUAUUGUCAUCAAGCAAAAACAAAAGAACUUGACACGAAAAUACUCAAGUGUUGCCUUUUUUUAAACCAAAAGUUGACAUUUAUUCAGUUCUCAGACGUGUUAGUUCACAGUUUGUUUAAAAAAACUAAGGUACUUGACUUCAACCAAGCAUGCAGCUGUUACAAGCUUAUCAUCAGGGGGAAAACAAUAUUUUUUACAAAGAUAAUCUAAAAUGGACAACAAAUGUUGCAAAACAAGCUAAAACAAAGCACGACUCUGUGCGUCUAUUUGUUGCAGACGAUGUGAUGUUUUAUAUGACAGAUCGUUGACGUCAGAUUAGCAAAGAUUUCUUGUCAUUUCAAACGUUCUAUGUGAGGCCCUUUAGGACAUAAGCUAUUCUUGCUUUUAUGUGUGCUAAAGGGUCUUUCAUAAAAUUCUGUAAGGUGUUCAAACACAAGUAAUGACAUACACAUAUCGAGCUCCAACUUCAACAAGCUCCAGUGCUCUUGGCCAAGAUCAAAGUUUCAGUCAGAGCCAAAAGUUUCACUUUAAUUCACCAACUUGGAUUAUAUUGCAAUCAUUCUAACUCAAUACUGGAACACAUCCAAGCCUCUCUAGCCUUGUCAAUAAUUAAAAAGGUGGAUUCAAAACACCAACCGUUUUCAUUACAACACUUGAACAGCUGAAAGAUUUAAAGAUACUGACAUUUGACCAUAUUUUAGGUACUUUUAAGCUCUGAGAACUGACUCUUGUAGGGGUCUGAUUUUAUUGUAGAGCAUUUACCUGUAUCACAAUAUUAAAUGGCAUUUACCAGUAAGCUCAAAUGUGUUUUAUAGGUGGCAAUUAUGAUUCUACAAGUGUUUAAAAAUAAACAACCUAAGGACACAGGGUGAUGUCACUUCUAUAGAAGAAAACAUGUAUGAAUGUAAAUAUGUAAAUAUGGAAGAGAACUGAAAAGCAAACUUUUCUUUUAGUUUUUAUACCUUUAACACAAUAUGUAUGAGGUCAUCUCCUGUAGAGGGAACAAAAAACAUCAACACUGUAGACUGUAAGCUGAAAAUAUAAUUUAAAUGAGCUUCCCCCCUCUGCAUGGGGUUUUAAAUAUGUCAGUGUUUCUCCUGAGCAAACAUAUGAGACUUUUUUGUAAUUUAACCAUGAUCACACCCACUUCCAUGAUCUCUAUAACAGUAAGAAAUGAUUUAAUGCGGGCAUGUUUAUUUAUCUUUUGGAGUUGAUUAAAAAUGAGAGGCUGUUGAUGUGUGGCUCAUUUGAUCCAUAUUUACAUCCUGAUGAGUUUGAAAGUGUGCACUAUUACCACAGAGGGUUUUAACUUAUUAUUUGCUGAUGAUGUUAUGCUGUAGAAAAUAGGACAUUCAUUUAAAACUGCAAUCAAAUGUUAUCAGAUUCUUUUUUUUUACAAUCAUCAAUAAAUGUUUUCCUGUAAGAAACAAGUGUAAAAGCCUUCAUCUCAUCAGACUUGUAGCCUUUAUUUAUUUAUAUCAAACCACAUCAUAUUCUAUCAUAAUACAUUUAUUUCUGUAUCGUGUUUUUACUGUUGAAAUAAAAAGAGGUGUAUUUUAAAAUGACUUGUUUUUGUGUGUGUUAAGAAACAAAAUGUGGAAAUAAUGGAGGCAUUCCCUUUUCCCUAUUGCCCUCUACUGGUUGCUUUAUCAAGCUGCAUUAAUCUAACAAGAAUAAAAUUAUGUGGCUUGAGUUCACUUUUURUUAGAUUUGUACAUGGUAUGAAAUGCAAAUAUAUUAUCAUAUAAAAUCAGUUUCUCAGUGUCAAAAUUAUGUCGGUUUUAUCAUUUUUAACACAUUUUCUCAUGUGAGUAGACACGAAAACAGACCUAUAGGUUCAUGUCAAAAAGAAGUCUUAAAAAGCAAAUGUUGCUGAAACUACAGUGAAUACACAGACAUGACAUUCUGUUGUCAAAAACAGAGUUGAAACAAAGGGUUCUCCAAAUUUUUCUGCUUCUCGCAAAACUUACAGCAGCAGAGAUUUUGCUGACAACAACUCAAACAGCCUUAAUAACAAUAAUAGU